CAGCCUGUGUACCACUGGCGCUUAUGGAAAGCUCUUUUCAUUAUUUUGCAUUUGUUUUUUGGGAAGAAUAAAUCCUCAGGCUCCAAAUGAAUCCUGAUGUCUUUUUUCCUGAUAUCUCCUCGACGUGAGCAUUUUGGGUGCAUUUGGGUGACAUCAUGCGUCGACUUUUCUGUCUGCAUGUAUUCCUAUGCUGCCUGAGUAUGGCUCGUCCCUUCUGUCCAUCCCAGUGUACCUGUGUUGCCCAUGGACGUACUGAAGGAGCUGGAAGCAGAUCUGUGCUCUGCAAUGACCAAGACAUGUCUGAUAUUCCUGUCAAUGUUCCUGUGGAUACGGUCAAACUUCGCAUAGAGAAAACCGCAGUGCGGCGAAUCCCGACAGAAGCUUUUUACUACCUGGUGGACCUACGGUACCUUUGGAUUACCUACAACUCCAUAACCUCAGUGGAUACUGGAAGUUUCUACAAUCUAAAAGUGCUUCAUGAGCUGAGGCUGGAUGGAAAUUUGAUCUCCAUGUUCCCAUGGGAGUCUCUCAAAGAGAUGCCCAGGCUGAGGACACUGGAUCUCCACAAUAACAGAAUUAAUACUGUUCCCAAUGAGGCGAUCCCCUACCUCCUGAACAUUACUUACUUGGAUCUAUCCAGCAACAAAUUAACCACCCUGCCCUCUGAUCUCAUGGAUAUAUGGCCACCCUUUAAUGGAGCACCUGUCUCUUCUAAUGCUUCCCAGAAAGUUGUGUUAGGCCUCCAAGACAACCCCUGGUUCUGUGACUGCAAAAUCUCCAAACUGAUUGAGAUUUCCAAAAUGGUUGACACACCAGUGAUUUUGAUGGAUCUAUUCCUCGCCUGUGCUGCACCUGAGAAUCUGGCAGGUGUCGUUUUUCAACGUGCUGAACUUGACAACUGUGUAAAGCCAACAGUGAUGACAUCUGCAACCAAGAUCACAUCUCCUUUGGGCAGCAAUGUACUCCUGCGAUGUGACACCACCGGGUUUCCAACACCAAGUCUACAUUGGGCUAAGUCAGAUGGCUCACCAGUCAACAAUACAGUCCAGGAGUCACCAAGUGAUGGGGUUCGGUGGUCCAUCAUGAGCUUGCAUGGAAUAUUGUACAAAGAUGCUGGGAACUACAGCUGCAAAGCUAAAAAUGAUGCUGGCAGUGCAAAAGCCACCAUUUCUGUUUCGAUUGCGGGUGCUAUCAGCACCACCAUCCCUCCACUAAGGACUGACAUUGGAACUGCACGAACCAGCCAAGGCACAACAUUUAUUCCCCCAGCAGAUGUUACUGAAUCACCCUCCAUCAUGUCCACAGUCCUUCCAAGAACUUCAACAUUACCCGCUAGGAAGCAAAAAACUACUCCCAGCAGUGGCUUACAGAAAGGCACGUUCAAGCAAACAAAAAAUCAGCAAGGAGGUAAUGGCAGAAAUCUUGCAGCAGAUGAAAAGAGCAAGAAAAGUGAUCCGUCAAAGUCUGUAAAAGACCUUAAGACUGUAGAAGAAACAGUUGACAGUGCAGUGUUGCUGUGGGCAGCAGAUGGGUUACCAAAUGAUGCCCCACUCACCGUUGUAUAUUCACCCUAUGGUGAGGAUGACGCUAAGAGAACACUGGAGACGAAGGCUGGCAGUGGUAAAGUGCUCCUAGAUGGACUGUCAUCUGGGAUGAGGUACUCAGUUUGCCUCGUAGCAAAAGGUAGUGCCGCUUCAAAAGACCCUUGCAUUGACUUCUACACACUGGACAACGUAGAGGAUGGUGGGCAGAACCAGCUUUUCAUGAUCAUAAGUGGGAUUGCCUGUGCUUUGGUUUUGCCUCUUAUUGCUCUGUUGCUGUACAAAAUCCUCGCUCUCUACUGCAAGGGACGUAACACCAAUGUCGAUGAAGAGGAGCUGGAAAAAGAAAGCUAUGUCAAGUUUGAGACCAUUUCAAUGAAACAAAGAACUCUGAACUCUCGCCCAACUGAGCUUUGGGCCAGGAGACCGACUCAUGAUUCAGAGCGAAUGCUCCUAUGUUCGAGGUCAAGCAUCGACUCCCAGAUGACCUAUAAGAGUGACAGUUCCCGAUCUGAAUAUCUCUGCUGAUGCAACAAACCAAGGCCAGUGCCCACAUUAUAAGAAAUAUUCUCAAUAUGCCUUUCAUGUCGCUAAACUACGAAAUUAUUUGUAGAUCUUUAUGAAUGUCUAUGCAUUUUUUUUCUGAUCUGUGGGCUGGAAGGAAUGAAUUUGUUAUACAGAAUGGUGUAGCACGUUUAUUCUGCACUUUCCAUCACCUUUUCAUUUGUAGACAUUCAUGUAGUGACUUGGAAACGUAUAGUUAUGAAAACAUUCAUUGGUUGUUGUACAAAAGAAUGUGUGUUAAAAAUCAAAUCAGACUUUUUAUCCAUGUCCUUAUGUUCUGGAGCCUUACAUUUAAAGAAGGAAGGUAAGUAGUUUUCACUAUACCACAGCACUUUGUGGGACUUAAUCAUAAAUACCACCAUACAAAGAGCCUGUCAGUUAAAUGCGUAUGGUGUCUGAUGAUAUUUUUGAUGCCAAAGUUGCAAAGUGUCAGAUGUGAAUAUUGUGGUGGUGUCAGAGAAGAGCCAUAAUACUCCCCCAUCACAUUAACAACAUUAUUGUUGCUUUAAAGCAUUGCCUUACUGGACCAUGAAGUACUGUCAGUGUGUUUGAUAGAAUACAGUGUCCCGUGAUUCAUAUUGCCACUUUAUGAUUAUAUGUACAUAACUGUCUAUAAAUGGAGUUGUACUCUUGUUUUUAAUAAAGUGAACAAAUGUUGACUUCUA